UAGUACUACCAUCUUUUUUGUUUUUUGAGGAUCAGAUAGUACUACCAUCUAAGAACCAGAUAUUCACCCGCCCUAGCAGGCCAGGCUUGUUGAAACCCGGACGUAGACGAGGAAGCCCAAUGCUAAUCCGACACAGCCUCCUCCCGCACCGCACGACGCUAUUCAUCCGGGAUCGAGUCAAAAACUCAAAACUCAAGACCGACACCAUAAAAUCGCUUCGAAUCUUCCGAUGAGCGCGUGCCCGGGUCCGACUACUAUCAAGUACUCCCUCCGUUUCGAAUUACUUAUCGCACGUAUGGAUGUAUACUUGUCGUUUACAUCCAUACGUGCGAUAAGUAAUUCGGAACGGAGGUUACAUCCAUACGUGCGAUAAGUAAUUCGGAACGGAGGGAGUAUCAACCAUGGAGGUCUCCUUCCCGGCAUCCUCCUUCCGGCCCCCCGCCAUCGACCGCGCCAGCGCCCGCUACGCGCCCUGGGCUCUCGUCGACAGGGAUGCCUACUUCGCCGCCCACGAGAACGACACCACCGCCGAGGCUGUCACCAGCACCGGCCACGCCGUCAGGGUCACCUUCUGCCUCGCCGACCCGCCGGCCAUCUCCCACUUCUGCGUCCACGGCCCCGCGUUUGACCGCGACGACUUCACCAUGGAGCCCCAGGUCCACUCCUCGGCCAAGGGCCUCGUCCUCCUCCGUUUCGCCUUCACCGUCGGCCCCCGGAGCACCCAUCGGGGCUCCCGCCUCGCCGAGUACUACGUCUACAAGGCCGGCCGCGGCAAGCCUCCGUCGCUCACGCCGAUCCCGCCCACUCCUCCGGGGGCCACAAACUCGUUCCACACCUGCGUCCUGCCGCUCGAUGACGACGACGACGGGGAGUUCUUCCUCGCCGAGCUCAGCAUGACGAAGUCCCGCUCCGACUACGGGUUACACGUCUUCUCCUCCAAGGCCGGCGAGUGGACUGUCAGACAGUUGCGUCUGCAGACACCUCCCGGGGUCAGGAAGCGGGACCUGCCCGGCCCUAACGACCUUGACAAGGUGAUCACGCUCGGCGGAGGCGCCGUAGGCUGGGUCGACCUCUGGCGCGGCAUUGUCACCUGCAACGUGCUUGACGAGAGCCCCAUCCUAACCUUCAUCCCCAUACCCAUGCUUGAAGGCAACGUGGACCGGGAAGGUAACUCCCGGCUGUUCCGGGACAUCACCUGCUGCGACAAUGGUUUCAUCAAGUUCGUUGAGCUGGAUCUCCGUUUCAAAAAGGUCCCUGAUCAUCAUAAUUACAAGACUCGCAAGACGACCAAGGAUCUUGACAGCGUAGAAAUCAUGUAUGAUUCGGACCUGCUAUUGUAUUACGAUUACCCUCUGGAACAUACUCUUGCCGAUGAUGGUUGGAAGCUCCGGACGUGUUACAGGCAUACUUCCUGGAACUACUGGCGCAAGGGGCACGCCGUCGAUAUCGACGAGAUCUCGGCCGACAACCCUGAGCAUUUUAUGUUGCUCCCACAGCUAUGGGAUGCUCGAGCCGGGAGGUCGACGCUGAGGAACACGUAUUCGGCUUUCCCGACCCUAGGCGUUGGCGGCAGCGAUGUUGUUUACCUCAUGUCUAAGCUGGGAUAUCAUGCCAAGAACGCGUGGAUGAUCGGCGUCGACCUUGGAGAAAAGAGGGUGGAUGUGGUUGUACCAGUUUCUUCUGAGAGAGUCGGUUAUUUCAAGCCGGAGUUUCUCGUAUGUGAAUUCUCCGAAUAUCUGAAUGCGACUCCAAGCACACGUGCCGAGGAAGUCACCCGCUCACCAAAUGGGGCUCAGGAUGAUUGUCAUCUUUCAUCAGGCAAUCUGCCACCGCAGCAAUACACGUGGAGCAACAAUGGGUACUACUACAAUGGGAGUUUCUAUGGAUAUUAGUACGUGGAGGCGCGACACCGCGCCGUGUAUUGGCCAAUCGCUGUCUAAGUUAAUUGUUGGUGUAUGUGUUUGCUAUUGAUA